AUGUCCUCACACAUUCCCGUACAGGCACUCAUCUUCGAUCUUCGAAUUGGGCGAUGUUCUUUUCAGAGGGUCUCGAAAUACAAGAACCACCGUCUCACCCUCGGUGAUUGGAAAUACAGCCUCGUCACCUCCUUGGCACCUAUACGCAUGUGGCCAUCUGUCUCAACUCAGCAACUCGGCCUCGAUGCUUCCGAGAUGGCUGAAGUAUUUGUUCAGGUACACGUUUCUUUGCAGCCAGACGCCGCUGUUUGUGACUCCUUGGGCAUAGAUUGUUGCAUGGAUCGCCAGGCGCUGCUUCGCCUACAACAUCGAGAUAGUAGUUGGGAGCUGGGCUGGAUGUACAGAUAUGGAUCGCCAGGCUUGCAGAUCGGGAAUCAGGGCGUUACGGUAGCCAUGUUUUUGAAGGCUCUCCUGUCCCAGAGGUCCUUGCCAGCUAUGGUUUGUGAAGCCCCGUUGAUGGAGGAUAUUGCUCUCAUAACCUACGCCUGA